AAAGAUCAUUAUGGUAUUAUAUAAAGAUGAAUUUCAUAAAGGCCAGAGUGGAAAGAUGAAUAAAAGAAUUGCUGAACCAGCACCACAGGCCAGACGUGCUGUAUACCUUAAUUUCUUGUGGAGUCAGUCUGCAGAGCUAUGAGACUUGGCAGCCUGAGUGGAGGAAAGAAGACAGUAAAUAAUUGGGUUGAUCUAGGGUUGGGAAAGGCAAACCCAAAGUGGCAAAGAAACGAAGAAAUUGAGGGUACUAGUAAGAAGAUAAUUGAAAUGAUUGAUCUUGGGCUUCAGAACUGUUAAGGAAGGAGAUAAGCCAGUGUGAGAAUUCUUAGAGGUUUUUUCUGGUCAUCUAAAUUUUAUGAAUCUAUUGAAAUUCUAUACUGAUAAUUCCUAAGUGAAACUUUUACAAGAUCAAAAAGUAAAGCGAGUAUGUUUGAGUUGAAUUUAUUUAGUAAUCUUUAUUAGGAGUCUGUGCCAGGCUCUAUAUCUGGUAUAGAGGAUAGAGAGAUGAAUGAACCAUAGCUUCACCUUCUAAGAACUGACAACAUGGUUGUAUAGUUACUAAUUGCAGUGAAGAUUAUUUUCAGUGAAUGGACCUGACUGGACUCUUUGAGCACAUCAGUAAACAUGAGUGGUACCAAACCUGAUAUAUUGUGGGCACCACACCAGGUUGAUAGAUUUGUUGUAUGUGACUCAGAACUGAGCCUUUAUCAUGUGGAAUCUACUGUGAAUUCAGAACUCAAAGCCGGAUCUUUACGUUUAUCUGAAGACUCUGCGGCUACAUUACUAUCAAUAAAUUCAGAUACACCCUACAUGAAAUGUGUUGCCUGGUAUCUCAAUUAUGAUCCUGAAUGUCUCCUAGCAGUUGGACAAGCAAAUGGUCGAGUUGUGCUUACAAGUCUUGGUCAAGAUCAUAACUCAAAGUUCAAAGAUUUGAUAGGAAAAGAAUUUGUUCCAAAACAUGCACGACAGUGUAAUACCCUUGCAUGGAAUCCACUGGAUAGUAACUGGCUCGCUGCUGGUCUAGAUAAACAUAGAGCUGAUUUUUCAGUGCUGAUUUGGGAUAUUUGCAGCAAAUAUACUCCUGAUAUAGUUCCCAUGGAGAAAGUGAGACUUUCAGCAGGUGAAACUGAAACAACAUUAUUAGUAACAAAACCACUUUAUGAAUUAGGACAGAAUGAUGCUUGUCUCUCUCUUUGUUGGCUUCCACGAGACCAGAAACUUCUCCUUGCUGGUAUGCAUCGUAACUUAGCCAUAUUCGAUCUUCGGAAUACAAGCCAAAAGAUGUUUGUAAAUACAAAAGCUGUUCAGGGGGUGACAGUAGACCCAUACUUCCAUGAUCGUGUUGCUUCCUUCUAUGAAGGUCAGGUUGCAAUAUGGGAUCUUAGGAAAUUCGAGAAGCCAGUUUUGACUUUGACUGAGCAACCAAAGCCCUUAACAAAAGUAGCAUGGUGUCCAACUAGGACUGGUCUGCUUGCCACUUUAACAAGGGAUAGUAACAUUAUUAGAUUAUAUGAUAUGCAGCACACACCCACUCCCAUUGGGGAUGAAACUGAACCCACAAUAAUCGAAAGAAGUGUGCAGCCUUGUGACAAUUACAUUGCUUCCUUUGCUUGGCAUCCAACAAGUCAAAAUCGAAUGAUAGUUCUAACUCCCAACCGAACAAUGUCUGACUUCACUGUUUUUGAAAGGAUAUCUCUUGCGUGGAGCCCAAUUACAUCUUUAAUGUGGGCUUGUGGUCGUCAUUUGUAUGAAUGUGCAGAAGAAGAAAAUGAUAAUUCUUUAGAAAAAGAUAUAGCAACGAAGAUGCGCCUUCGGGCUUUAUCAAGGUACGGACUUGAUACAGAACAGGUGUGGAGAAACCAUAUUUUAGCUGGAAAUGAAGAUCCACAGCUCAAGUCACUCUGGUAUACUCUGCACUUUAUGAAGCAGUAUACAGAAGAUAUGGAUCAGAAAUCUCCAGGCAACAAAGGAUCCUUGGUUUAUGCAGGAAUUAAAUCAAUUGUAAAAUCAUCUUUGGGAAUGGUGGAGAGCAGCAGACAUAGUUGGAGUGGAUUGGAUAAGCAAACUGAUAUUCAGAAUUUAAAUGAAGAGAGGAUCUUAGCUUUACAGCUUUGUGGGUGGAUAAAGAAAGGAACAGAUCUAGAUGUGGGGCCGUUUUUGAACUCCCUUGUGCAAGAAGGGGAAUGGGAGAGAGCUGCUGCUGUGGCAUUGUUCAACUUGGAUAUUCGACGAGCAAUCCAAAUCCUGAAUGAAGGGGCAUCGUCAGAAAAAGGCGGUCUGAAUCUUAAUGUGGUAGCAAUGGCUUUAUCGGGUUAUACGGAUGAGAAGAACUCCCUUUGGAGAGAAAUGUGCAGCACUCUACGAUUACAGUUAAACAACCCGUAUCUGUGUGUCAUGUUUGCCUUUCUGACCAGUGAAACAGGGUCUUAUGAUGGAGUAUUGUAUGAAAACAAAGUUGCUGUACGUGACAGAGUGGCAUUUGCUUGUAAAUUCCUUAGUGAUAGUCAGUUAAAUAGAUAUAUCGAAAAGUUGACCAAUGAAAUGAAAGAGGCUGGAAAUUUGGAGGGAAUACUGCUUACAGGCCUGACUAAAGAUGGAGUGGACUUAAUGGAGAGUUAUGUUGAUAGAACUGGAGAUGUCCAAACAGCAAGUUACUGCAUGUUACAGGGUUCUCCUUUAGAUGUUCUUAAAGAUGAAAGAGUUCAGUACUGGAUUGAGAAUUAUAGAAAUUUAUUAGAUGCUUGGAGGUUUUGGCACAAACGAGCCGAAUUUGAUAUCCACAGAAGUAAGUUGGAUCCCAGUUCCAAGCCUUUAGCACAAGUGUUUGUGAGUUGCAAUUUCUGUGGCAAGUCUAUCUCCUAUAGCUGUUCAACUGUGCCUCAUCAGGGCAGAGGUUUCAGUCAGUAUGGUGUCAGUGGCUCGCCAACAAAAUCUAAAGUCACAAGCUGCCCUGGCUGUCGAAAACCCCUUCCUCGAUGCGCACUUUGCCUCAUUAAUAUGGGAACACCUGUUUCUAGCUGUCCUGGAGGAUCCAAAUCAGAUGAAAAAGUAGACUUGAGCAAGGACAAAAAAUUAGCUCAAUUUAACAACUGGUUUACAUGGUGUCACAAUUGCAGACACGGUGGGCAUGCUGGACAUAUGCUUAGUUGGUUCAGGGACCAUGCAGAGUGUCCUGUUUCUGCGUGCACGUGUAAAUGUAUGCAGUUGGAUACAACAGGGAAUCUGGUACCUGCAGAGACUGUCCAGCCAUAAAAUGUUAUCACCUGAAGACAAAUCUUCAAGUAUGGAGCUUUCUAAUAGAUGUCCUUCAUAGCUCAAAAACAUACCUCAGAACAAGUCACUCAUGACUUUCCUGUAAUGGGAAAAUAAAUCAUUCUAUCAAAUCAGCAAUUUGAUGUUUGAGUGAUUUUGAUGUGCUUCACAGAGACAAAUGCUGCUGAAAUCAACAUCAGAGUGUGGACAUGAAUUCUGUUCAGUAGAUUGAAAAAGUUCAUUUUGGAAGAACUAGAGGGUUUUGUUGAAAUUAUGAACACUGUGCAAACAGAGUUCCUGGAAUAAUCAAGAACAGACCUUGAACCUAUAUCUUCCCAGCUGAAACUGGAUAUAUUUCAAUAACAUCUGUACACUUUAAAAUAGAAUAAAAUGACCAAUUCAAUGAUUCAGAUGAUAGUUUAAGCUCACCCAUGUUUAGAUUCCUUUCAGAUAAAAUUUAAAUUGUGGAUUUUUACUUUUAGAAUUGGAUAGCCCAUACCCCACACUAGAGAAUAAAUUUUAUUAAGUUAUGGUUGAUAUACAUUUUUUAAGGAGUCUUUCCCUCAUACAUUUUCAUUUUAAGAUAAGAAAUCUUUUGGCACAGACCAUUAUUGUCUUCCUAAGAAAAGCCAAAAUUGAGAAUGUAAUCUUACACUUUUUCUCUUCUGAGGAGAAAAAUAUGCACCAUUUCAGAGAAACAUGUUAUAAAAUUUUCAACCUUUUGCUUUCCAAUGUCCUGAUUUGUCUUCAAAGAUUUCUCUCCUAUGAAUUCAUCAUCUUACGCUCAACAUCUGGGAGCAUUUUACUGAACACAAAGUCUAUGCAAGAUUAUAUGUGACCAACCAUUCAGCAUAUCUGUGUCAGUAUGUCCUACUGUCAAAUUCUCUCCUGUUUUGGAAAACCCUGUUUUUUCUAAGGUAGACUGGGAGAUGCUUGGAAAAAAGGGGUCACUUUGGAGACAGUUUUACUUUAAAUGUAAGUUUAUGAAAGUAAGUAUACUUGGGGCAAUUCAGGGACUUUGUUUUAAAAUUUUAUUUUUUCCCUUUUCACAGCUAGAUAGUUGGAAGAGAAAUACAAGGGAUUUGUAGCAUGCUUCUCUAUCAUCUGACAUAUGCAGAGGACUGAACUGAAUGUCAUAGUUGAAGGUGUAUUCAUAGAUAAAAUAAAAAGUAAGCCUAAAACUUAAUUAUUUUGUAGAUUUUGGAGAAAGAAGUAUCUUCAAGAAUUUUAAGAGCUUUCAUGUUAGCAAUUUUACCUGGUGAACUUAAGAUCUAUUAGAUUAGUUUGAGGUGUGACCUAAAUACUGAACAAAAGUGAAUUAAAUUUUUUACUUUGAGAUCUGAUACAAAAGACCCUUUUCUAGGAAAACAUUGCAUAUCUACUCUAUUGCAUAUCUGCUCUAAACGUCUCACCUAGAUGACAAUCUUCUUUUGAAAUGAAACAGUUGAGAAUGGUUAUAAAUUUUUUACAAAGAUGGCUAUUGAGGGGACUUUUUCCAAUCUUCUUUUAAGUAAGUCUUCCUGAUUUCAUUUUACUAAAACAUGACCUUUACCUUUACCUUUAAAAUUGCUUCAGUUGAAGUGUUCCUUUCAAAUUUACUAUGUCCUAAACAUGAAAAGUCAGCUUUAAGUAACAUCCAAGUAUCAUACACAUUUUCAUUUCUCCUUAGCUAAAGUAACAUAAAAUUGUUGGAUUUAUAUUUAGAAUAGGGUUGUAUCUAAACUAUUUAUAAUUUUUGGAAAUACAAUAUAAUCAGACAUAAAGUCUGUUAUAUAUGUCUUGUUUGUAAUCAUAUAGAGUGACAUUUUUAAGAUUAAUUGUUUAUGCCUAUGUGUCAACCUCCUAAUGUUUUCUGUGAAGCCAAUAUCAUAUAUGAUGUCCAUUAUGUUUGCUUU